CUGGUGCUCGCCAUCCUCUUCUCCAUCAUCUUCUUCGUAAGCGGCGUGAGCCACUUCCAGGACCCCCUUUUCUGUGUGUUCGUCGUGUUCUCCUUCACCUCCGUCGUCGACUUGAUCAUCUCGCUGGAGGAGGAUGGCUACAUUUCUGGCUUCAUGGAGGUCUACGUCAGAGAGGGCGAGCCCUACCUGCGCACGGCCCACGGCAUCAUGGUCUGUUACUGGGACGGCAUCGUCCACUACGGGCUCUACCUCGCCAUGAUCGCGGCCAUCGGCCAGAGAAAGAGCUACAGGAACCUGGGUCUCUUCUGGCUGGGCUCUCUGACGAUGAGCAUCGUCGUCUUCUUGCUUGGGAACCUGAUAGGGAAAUACAGCUCCGACCUCAGCCCUGCCUUCCUCCUCAACCUGCCCUACGUCCUCAUCCCCAUCUGGGCUGGGGCGAGGCUCUUCCAGCAGCCCAAGGCCCUGCCGUGCCUCAGCCCCGAGAAGGUUGCAGAGGAGCAACGCAAGCACCUGUACCAGCGACCCCAGGACAUGGGGCUGGUCCUGGUCCUGCUCCUCACCGCCGCCUUCACCUUCUUCAGGGGGAUGGUGGUUUUGGACUGUCCCGCCGAUUCGUGCUUCGAGUACAUCUACCAGCACGAGCCGUACCUGCGCGACCCCGUCUCCUACCCCAAAGUGCAG